UGUUGAGUUUGCGAAAAUAUACCAAGGUUCUUACACUUCUAUAAAUCAAAGUUCACCUCUCCACUUCCUCUAAGCAUAAUAUUCCGCACAUAACAGCACACGAGCACUGACUUCUGUCUCUGUCUUUUCUCCAUUUCUACUUCCCUGUUACACCUGCACACGAGCACCUGGAAAAUGGGAACACCUGGAACUUCCCCUCUCUGUUGGAAAAUGGGAGAUAAGCUUACCGUCCUAGAAAACAGGACUUGGUUCAACAUAGAAUUCAAGAUGUGGGUGGAUGGCUCUAGGCCUGAUAGGUUCAAGAAAAUUGUUAGGAUCGAACCAGGCAAGUCUAUAAGAGUAAAGGCCUCAACUUUCAACAGUGAUGAUCAGGGCAGUCUUGAACAUGCCAUCCUGCUGGUUUAUGCAAAUGGAAGUUGGACAGGAAAAUACAUUCUUCCUCAGGACUUGUUCGCUUGGGCGGCAGUCUUCUGCGACAGUAACCGACACGGUCAAGUUAUUCUUCGAGCCAGAAGAGCAAACUUCAACCUCUUCAGACUCAAAUGUUUCGCGUUCCUUCCUGCAAAAUACGGGGGACCAGGCAUGGCUGAAGAGGAGAUUUAGGUCUCCAGGAAAACACUUGACCGUGUUGUUUCACUCUUUUAAGGCUGUGGAUGGUUUAUUGAGAGAAUUGUUGGAAUGUGUGUAGAAUUAAAAUUGAAUUCUACAAAAAAAUUUACUCAAAAUUCUGUAAAAUCCAAUUUUAUUGCCCACACAAACUCCAAGUCUCUCCAAAAACCAGAAACAGCAGCAAAUGUUCUAUGUAUCUUUCGUGCUUGUGAGGUGAUGGAUGCCAAGCACGCACACCUGUUUCAAAGACUAGGGAAGGCUGGCUGUGCAUUCCCACCUCAAGUUUAUUAGUAUUGCUGCUUUGUGUACUUUUGAUCAAGGAUUUUGAUAAUAAUACAGUUUAGCGUGUGUAAAGCAAAGGCAUUAUGUAAAGUAACGGAAUCCUGAGUGUGUUUGAAGUUGUAUGACAUUCGUGCAUUCUACUGCAUUGCACGUAUCAGUUUUUAAGUGUUCUGAUCACUCAGAUAUAGUUUC